AUUGAAUAUAAUAUAUAACUGACUGACCACCCAUUCCUCUCUCUGCAACUAUUUCAUCUCCCACAAACUUCCAAACAAAGAGAAUGAAUGGAAAGUGAGAUUUCUCAUAAGGUUUAUUAUUCUCCUUGUUGUCCUCCUCCAAAUUAUAUAUACGCAUAUAUAUACAUAUUUAUUUUCACCACAAAACAGCACACAAAAAAACCCUUAUCUGUCCGUUAAUGGGUGGUGUUAAUUCUCUCUUUCUCGACUCCACGUUUGUUCUUGUUCAUCUUCUUCAAUAUGCAUCGACAGAUUGAUCACAACCGUUCAAUAAUAAUCGAUGGCCGCGAUUAUCAGCAAGACUAAUAGUAUGCGGGUAUGACCAUGGUUCCGGCGCAAACCCUCUCCAAACAUCAUCAAUUAUACUAUGGCGGUUACGACGGUUGUGAUGGCGGUUACACGGAAGAAGAAGAGUAUUAUGAAGCCGAGGCUGGCUUGUUAGGACGAUCUGAUCUAGUGUUGGCACCUGCGGCGGCUAGUAAUCCAAUGGCUGAAGAUGAAUCAAGAACAACAACGACUAAUUAUACUACCAGUGCUAGUCUUAACAACAACGAAGCCGCGGCUUCAAGCUCAAAAGUUGUUCAAGCCGAAGACGAUGCCAGCUGGCUCCAGCUCAGCAUAGGCGCUUCAGCCAAAACAACUCCACGUAGAGGAGGCGGUGGCUUAGUAGAGCUUGAUCUGUUACCAGCUCGCAGCGGGAGUGAGGGUGAAAGAGUCAUUUCAGAAGAGAAUAUUACAAGAGUACUGCCGGCAGCAGCACCAUUAACACCAAUCUUUCACGCUCCUCCGGGGCCGGUCCCGUCAUUUUUGUUUCAAGCGGCGGGGAGUAGUUCGAGUACGGUUGUUCCUUCUCCUCCUCCUCAUCAUCAUCAAGAGAACAUUAAUUGGGUAUUUAGGCCUGCAGAGUUGAGUUCUAUAGGGACGAAUUCGUUGUCGUCAGCCUCUUCAUCUAAUCCGGCGUCGUUCAUGCAAUUGGGCUCGUAUUUUGCUCGAACACCAUUUCAAUUGCAGGGUGGCGGUGUUAAUGUUGCUGGACCGAGUUUGCAGUUUAGAGUUAUUGAUCCUCCAACGAGACCCCAUUCCGGUAUUUGGUUUUCGCUUCAAGCCUCACAAAACCAAGCUAAAGAACCCUUCUUGCCUCAAAUACCAAAGAGCUAUCUGAGAAUCAGGGAUGGGAGGAUGACAGUUCGUUUACUAAUGAAGUAUCUGGUUAACAAGCUGAGAUUGGAUAGCGAAUCAGAGCAGGUAGAGAUUACAUGUAGAGGACAAGAGCUUCUACCUUUCUUGACGCUACAGCAUGUAAGAGAUAAUAUAUGGAAUCCAAGAGAUGCACUCACUUUGCUUCCAGAUUCAUCAACUAUACAUCAUCUCAUGGUGCUUCAAUAUGGUAGGAAUGCUUAAUUUAUCAAAAAAAUAAAAAUAAAAUAUUAAUCCCCCAUAAUUUAUUAAUUAAUUUACAUGUAUUAUUACUCGUUAACUUAUAAGAAAAGAAACCACCUCAUUUUUAUUUUUUAAAUUUCUAAUGGGUUUUGUUAAUUAUUUUUUUGCCCUUUUUUUAUCGACUUCUCCAAUUGAUGGAGAAAGAAGAAUAUGGGUUGUACCCCCAAAAUGAUGUUUAUGGUUUUUGGGGUUUAUACCUUAGCCAUGUAUGACCUCAACAUAUGAGGGUUUGAUAUUUAUUUACUCACUAUAUUUGAC